AUGGCUCUUGCGGCUGAUCUCAGUACGCUUACCGAUGCCUUGAUCACCUCGGUUGCCAGGAUAUCGCCAUCACAAAAGGGAUCAGCACGCACCCAGACUUUGAAGCGUCGGGCAACAGGGGCUCUCCGGACUGGUGCUCAUACCCGCACCGACCAAUUUGCUGUCGCCAAGCAACUAGAAGGUCUACAAGAGAAGUUCCAAAUUCUGAAUCGAGAUGAACUGGCAGAAGCUCUUCAAAGUCGCCUGGCAGAACUGGAAAAGAAGCGCAGCUCCUGGCUCCCAGAGAUUCUGAGCUUGUUGCUCCAACUCUCCGAUCGCCCGGCUUUAGUAUCUUCGGUCCAACCCCCGGAGAAAAAUGCCAAAGCACCACAGGCGAAAGAAUCUCUCUCUUGGUCAGAUAUCAGAGAUGAAGGAACUGCCUUUAACGACGAAGAAAUUUGGGAACAAGUUGACUUCACUGCCGACUCAUCAGAAGAUGACUUCUCAUCUGUGGCCAGUGAUGCAUCUUUCCCAAGACGCAGACCCCAGUCAUCCACUACAGUGGAAGAAGGGUACGUGGUUCCGGAUGACAUAUUUCUUCCAGCAGAAAAUAAAGAUCUCGUGGCCUCUAUAGAGAAAGCUCAGUUUUGGAAGCCGCAGAAUCAUUUUGCAGUACCAUCGGGAAAAGCGAGCACGUCGCGAUCUAUCACAGAAUCCCAACUAGCUCGAGAAACCAUCUUCAUGCUUCAGGGGCUUCCCACUUCUAUAUUCCGUCAUUCAGAGGACAGAAUCAGCGUGGAUCACAGAUACACACUCGCACAUUCAUCCAACGAGGCUCUGGCGUCACUCUUGCAAUGUUUCAGCGAAAUCGGUACCAAAAUUGAUGGCACACGGCGUUUCACCAAAGUCCCACAGGACAUACCGUACAUGCAGACAUUCUGCAGAGGAAUUGAAGAACGAAUCCUUGGUUUCGACCAGGUUCUCUCACAGAUCCAGUGCAAAUACCUUUCCCCUGGAUCCACCAUCAGUCUCCUUCAACUCCUCGCCGAUGUUCGUGACCACUCCCAUGAGCUAAAUUUGCUAUCAGAGAUGAUUGGCAAGCUAGGCAACCACUUAACCGACCAGCCCAUGCGCUGUCUUGAUCUACUUUACGAUUUAAUAUGCAUGCUUGAGGCAUUGGGCGAUGAAACCUCAUCCGGUAACCUCAUAAAGUUGUUCUUCCAGUGUUUCAGAACAUACACCAGGUCGACCCGACUUUGGAUGGAGACAGGCCAGGUUGAUGCUUUGGACAGCACAUUCUUCGUGCGGACCAUUCGGGAGAAUGGCGACCUACGGACAUUAUGGCAUGACUGGUUUGUGCUUGACAUGGGCGACAAGAGGCAGAAGAUCCCUCAAUUCCUGGCAACCAGUGUCCAAAAGGUCUUUACGGCCGGCAAGAGCAUGGUGUUUUUACGCCACUUGAAUGCCUUGCCAGAAACUGCCGAAUCCCAUGAAGAUGACACCACUCCAGAAUCUUCACUCCCACUUCCGUUCUCUGCAUUGGUAGAGUCCGAAUUUGAAAAGAUUGUCGAUGCCGACCAUUCGAUAAGUGCUGGCCUCUUACGAAUGGAGCUCGAUCAGAAAUGCGGGCUAUGGUCAUCCCUCGAUGCCCUCUACCAUGUCUACUUUGGCAAAGACAUGAGCGCUACAAGCACCAUUGAUGCCAAGGUAUUCGAGAUUAUGGACCGGGGCCGUCCAUGGGAUAGAUUCCUGCUCACAGAAAUAGCAAGAACGGCGUUCCUCCCCGUCCCGGUGAUAGACACAUCGAAAAUUCUCGUGAGGCCACUGAACACUGCCCGUGGAGAUGAGACGCAGACACGAUCUGUUGUGUCACUGGAGACAAUUUCAAUCGACUAUGGUCUUCCAUGGCCUGUUGCGAACAUCAUAACGGAGGAUGCAAUCCACUCUUACCAACGCAUGUCUACUUUCCUGAUGCAAAUCAGACGCGCCAAAUAUUCCAUCGUCAAGCAGCGUCUCCGUGAUGCCCGCACAUCACCCGACGAGAGCGAUACCUUGGUGAACGUCCUUCACCAUAACAUGCUCUGGUUCUUGGAUUUCCUUUACGGCCACUUUACCUAUUUGGUUAUUUCCACAUCUGUCCAAGCUCUCCACAAAUCCAUGUCAAGUGCGCCGGACGUCGAUGCUAUGAUUUCUGCACACCAGCAUUUCAUGACAUCCUUGGAAGUCCAGUGUCUGCUUUCUAAAGACUUAUCGCAAGUCCACGAAGCAAUAAUCGGAAUUUUGGAUUUAUGCGUCCAUUUCGCAGAUUUACAAACCGCCCACUCCAUCGGCAAUGAGGACCAAGGCUUGUAUGCUGGCCAUACAGGGACGCCGCAUCCAAAGAAAAACUCCGAGGAUGACUCAGACUCCGACGAGGACGAUUACGAUCAUGACGAACAGAGCCACGAACAUACCCUCACAGCCUCAUUCCAGGACCUGAGCUACAGUCAGCAGGUCAGAAAGACGAAACAGAAAUUCGACCACCUUACCACAUUUGUCACGGAUAGCUUGAAAGGUCUCACUCGCGCAGAUGGGCCUCCUAGCUGGGAUAUUCUUGCUGAUAGACUUGAAUGGAGGCAGAGAUAA